GUGGUUCCUGGUGCUGCAGGGGAAUGUCGUCCAUGAGGUGAAUGGUGAGGACGGCGUCCACCUGCUCAGCUCCUCAGAGGUGGAUGAGCUCAUCCUCAAAGCAGACGAAGCUUUGAUGAUGUCACAGACUGCUUCCACAGUGACCUCGAUGCCAACAGUGGAGUACCAGGAGGAGGCGGAGCCAGAGCUGCCACACGUCUCGGUGGAGAUCACAGGGCUGGAGGCGGAGCCAGAGCUGCCACACGCCUCGGUGGAGAUCAAAGGGCUGGAGGCGGAGCCUCACUCCAAGCCAAGUGUGGCGGAGGCCAGCGCAGAGAACCCGGUGACCAUGGUGUUCAUGGGAUACCAGAGUGUGGAGGACGAGGCUGAGACCAAGAAGGUGCUGGGGCUGCAGGGGACGGUGACGGCCGAGCUUGUGCUCAUCGACGACAGCAAUGGAAAAACGUUACCAGGAGAAGGAGGGAUGGAUGAUGGCGACAGCAGAGCCCAGAUCACAGCACCGCAUCCAUCUGCCUCCGUCACCUCCACCCCACUGACAACCUCCAGACCUCCAGUGGCGACGCCAGCAAGUAACAGGGAGUUGGCGGGAGAGGCCGAGGGAAGAGUGGUGGAGUUAAAGAAGGAGAAACAGGCAUGUAAGUGCUGCAGCAUCAUGUGAUCCUGAAGGGGGCGCUGCUUUACAAUAUAAUAAAUUAAUAAAAGUAAAACUUAAACUCCAUCCACUAACCUACACCAUGCCUCUAACAUUACAACGUCACUUCUUGCUUCCUGAUAAAUAAAACCAGGCACAUUUUUUUGUAUUUUCUGAAGCUUUUUACUUUUGUACUGGUCAUGUUGAGACACCUGACGUAGCAAUUAGCAUUUGCAUCAGGGUUAGCGUUAGCUUCAGGGUUAGCAUUUCUGUCAGGGUUAGCAUAAGCGUCUCAUUCAUCUGUAUCAACUCUGCUGCUGCUUCUGGUUUUAUAAAAUAAAAG